AUGUCUAUCCGACACACUCCCCGCCAGGCGGAGCGGGACAUCCGCCUCCACGACCCCCACCACUCGCACUCCCUCCCGCCACCCUCACAUCCCCACCCCCAUCCCCCUCAUCUAAACGGAAACGGACUCGCCACCCCCGCCGCACACGCAGGACCGUCGAGAGGCGCUCCCCUCGCUUCGCAGGUCCUCUCGCCCUCAGCCCAGCCAGCAGCUGCGAAUGGCGAGGACAAGACAAACCCGCUUCACAUCUUGAACCAGGCAAACGAACAAACGUGGCUGAUGAUUGGUCGAGUAGCCGAGCAAAUGGGCAACCUGGAGCACGCGCUUUCUGCAUAUGAGAACGCGCUUCGCCAUAAUAGCCAUUCCCUCCCUGGCCUUACCCAAGUCGCUGGGAUAGCUCGGAUCAAAGAGAAUUAUCCAAAGGCAGUCGAGUAUUUCCAGGCUGCGCUCCAGGUCCAGGGUGACAACGGCGAAGUAUGGUCUGCCCUUGGUCACUGUUACCUGAUGCAGGAUGAUCUGCAAAAGGCGUAUGCCGCAUACCAGCAGGCGUUGUACUUCCUUCCCAAUCCGAAGGAGGACCCGAAGCUGUGGUACGGCAUCGGCAUCCUCUACGACCGUUAUGGCUCGUUAGAUCACGCCGAGGAGGCGUUCUCGUCCGUUCUCAAGAUGGAUAAGGCUUUAGACUUUGACAAGGCGAACGAGAUCUUGUUCCGCUUGGGCAUCAUCUACAAGCAGCAGGGCAAGUACGCGGAGAGCCUUGAGUGCUUCGACCGCAUUUUGCGCAACCCGCCUAGUCCGCUCGCGCAUGCCGACAUAUGGUUCCAGAUUGGGCACGUCUUCGAGCAGCAGCGUGAUCACGUUCGUGCGAGAGACGCCUACGAGCGAGUAGUCCACGAGAACCCCAAUCACGCCAAGGUCCUGCAGCAGCUGGGGUGGUUGUACCACCAAGAUGGUUCCACGUUCCAGAACCAGGAAGCUGCCAUUCAAUAUCUGACCAAGAGCCUCGAGGCUGAACCCGGUGACGCGCAGAGCUGGUACUUGCUUGGUCGUGCAUACAUGGCAGGUCAGAAGUACAACAAGGCGUAUGAGGCCUAUCAGCAGGCCGUUUACAGGGAUGGUCGGAAUCCGACCUUCUGGUGCUCCAUUGGUGUCUUAUACUUCCAGAUCAACCAGUACCGUGACGCGCUGGACGCGUACUCCCGCGCCAUCCGCAUCAAUCCGUAUAUCUCUGAAGUAUGGUUCGACCUGGGCAGUCUUUACGAGAGCUGCAACAACCAAAUCUCCGAUGCCAUCGAUGCUUACGCCCGCGCCGCCGAGCUCGACCCCACCAACACUGCUAUCACGCAGCGUCUCGCUCUCCUCAAGAACGCUCAGGCAACUGGUCAAGCGCUGCCUGCUGCCCCUGGCCCCCAGGAUGUGCACCCAACCGCCUAUGCAAACCCGAUGAUGCCACCAGCUGGCCUUGGCGGACCUCCGCUCAUGAUGCAGGGCAGCACGCGACCCCUGUUCCCUUCUGAUGCUCGGAGUGGGCCGACUGACCUUCCUCUACCGGUCCCUCCUCAACUGCAGAGCAGGAACUCUCCUGGUCCUUUCCGCGGUGGCCCCCCGCCUCCCGUCGUCCUCGACGAAUCACGUCAUGCGCCGUCGCACGCUCCUCUGGCGCCCAUGGACGUGGACAGGCCGCCCAUGCGGGAGCAUUCGAAUUCUUUCCCCCCUCCUCCCGGUCGCGAUGUCGGUCCUCGUGGACCGGCUGGUGGCCUAUUGCACCAUCCUGCGCCCCAGUCACAGGGUCCUCCGGAGGCUCUCCGUCACCCUCAACACCCACAUGAGUCUCCCUUCCACCCCAUGCGCGUUCCGUCAACGUCUGCGUCUCCCCCUCCAUACGCGCGUCCUCGCUCGGUGAUGAUGAAUUACCCUGAGCGCCCCCCUCUGGGCCCUGCGCAGAGCUCGAGUGGUCCCAGGCGAUCGUCACCGCCUCCGGCGUACCCGCGCGAGGAGCCUGGCUGGAACCGGCGGGUUCCUGUGGAAGUCCCUGAGUGGGAUCGCGAGCCUCGUGGACGUCCUGUGGACUAUACCCGUGCUCCUCCCUCCCACAUCCAUUCGCGCCCUCACUCGCCCCCUGUCCCUCAGCGCCGGAACAGCUCGCGUUCGGCGCGAGACCGUAGUCCUCCGGAGGUUUCGCCACGCAUCGCGCACCCUGGGUACCCAGGCAGCCAGUAUUGGGAGCCCAAGACCGGUGUGGCCGGACCCGCUCGACGCGCGUCUCCCCCGCCGACUCGUCCACCUGUGCACGAGAUGGCGCAUGAGUCUGCUGGUCGGCGUUAUGACCCUGCGCGCGAGUACGAGCGAGAGGUGAUGCUCGAGCCCCGUGGGCCUGAUCCCCGCUAUGCCGGCUCCCCUGACGCUAUCCGCAUGCAGAUAGGCAACCAGCAGCAACUUGGUGCGGGCGCGCGGACUUCGGAGAGUCCUCACCUGGCAGCCCAGCAGGCGGCCCAGCUCGGCGACCCCAAGCAAGGCAGGCGUCGUCAGGCACGCGACAAGGACGCCGAGUCCAACUCGUCUGGCACGGCUGGCGAGCCCGCCAAGAAGGAGCGCAAGCGUCGCGCGCCCCAGCAGAAGCGCGUCAAGGAGGAGGGUCAGCGUCUGGACGGCCAGUACGAGAACGGCCCGGUGCAGUCCGCGUUUAAGCUAGAGUACCGGCCGACAAAGGGGGUGGGCAGUCCUGAUCCCUCUUCGAAUGGUUCCGCGUCCGCCAGCAGGUCGGUGCAGCCCUCGCCGACGAACUCCACCCACUUUACGCCCUCUCGUCACCUCGACGAGGAUUACGACGAGGGCGUCGCGGACGCGCUGAUUGGUCUCAAGAACUAUCAGCCGUCAGACCCUCGUGGCUUCGGUGCGCCCUCUGGGCCUGCUAGUGCCCGCCUGCCAUCCGCUGCGUCGCCGCCCCAACAACACCUCGCGCGCCGUCCUUCGGUGUCGUCUCGCACGUCACCGUCGACGAACAAGCGACCGCUCAGCCCUGGGCCUGAGGACCACCCCGACGUCAAGCGUUCGCGCGUCGGGAGCAUGAGCCAGCGCGUCUCGCCACCGACCAACGGGCGGCCAACGCCAACACCUGGAUCCGGUACGCGUCUCAGCCCCAUUCCCUUCCGCCAGCAGCCGACGUCGCACUCCCCAGACAUGCGGCAGCCCCCUCAGGACAGCGCGCGGUCCUCGUACCCGCCGAGCCCACAGUUGCCGAUCACCCUGCCACCACACCCUCGCCCGAUCGGCGCUGGACUUGCGGGACACCUUCCGUCCAUGACGACGACGCGCUCGCCGCCUUCAAACGUGACGAGCCCGGCGGAGGACGAGCGGAUGCACUCGCGGUCGGCCUCGCCGCCGCGAGGGAAGAUCAUGCUCCACUCCGCGCAAGGCUCCGCGGGCUCCCCGGUGGUGAACUCGAAGGGGACGUCGUCGCCGACGUCGGGCAACGGUAACGGUAACGGUACCAACGCGCGUCCAUCGGGACCUCCUUCGUGA